AAGACACGACUGCGCAUUAGAUACAGUAGUUUACCCAAAUGGCUAGUAAUGUUAAACAGUGUUAAACAAAAACCGCGAACGCUGUCGCAUUAAUGGGCUUCCAUAUAUACAUCCUGUGAUGGAAGCACAAUUUAGAGGGCAAAACAUACUCCGGAACUGUGCCAUGACUGAACCGUCGUCGCCUCCCAACGCUUCUCUCCACUCGUAAAAAAAAAAAAAAAAAAAAAAGAAAAACGCGAAACCAGUCAGACCAGUCUCGAGCAGACAUGGCAGCCGACCGGACCGGUACAGCACUCGGGGAAAGCGGAGACGUUCAUUUAAUUGACGAAGAACCGUUUGAGGAACACGGCAGGUAUGCCCCGAAGAGACAUGCCCGGGUCACGGUGAAAUACAACCGGAAAGAGCUGCAGAGACGGCUUGAUGUGGAGAAGUGGAUUGAUGAGCGUCUGGACGUGCUCUACGCUGGUCAGGAGGGAGAUAUGCCAGAAGAGGUGAAUAUUGAUGACUUAAUUGACCUACCUGAUGACGUGGAGCGCAUUAAAAAAUUGCAGGAGUUGCUUCAAACCUGUAAUAGUGACACAGAGGCCUUCAUCAAAGAGUUAGUGGAGAAGCUGGAUGGAGUUCAUAAGGAGGAAGAGCUGCAGAGUGAAGGCAUCGAGCAUCCAGUCAUCGGUCACAGCCACCAUCGCCACGAACCUUAUCACUUCAAUGACCCGCGCCAUUUCCACCACACCCAAGGCCAGAACCAGACCCUUUGAUGAAGCCCCACCUCCAUUAUUCACACAAGCACCCCAUUAAACUGUCAACAAAGCAUAACAUUCAUGUAUUUACUCUAAUUCUACAUAUAGUUUGUCAAAUCCAUGCCAAUUGAUAUGUAAAACGUUUGCUGUUUGACAGUGUUGUGUCGUUCUGUCAACUGUGCGGAUGUGGCACAGCGAGAUAGGAAGGAAGUGGCUGUUCCUUAAAUAUCAAACUUAUUCCAGUCAAUGUUUUGUGAUAGGAAAAUAUUGUAUCCUUUACAGGAGGUUUUGUCCGGUAUAUUAAUGGAUUUCAACUGACUUUUGACUAAUAAUGUAAAAUAAUACUCGGAAAACUUUUGGGAGGAGUGGAACAUAAUUUACUCGGUUUUACAAAAAUAAAUAUGGUACAUUACGUGUCCCCCACAGAGGUCAUACCCAAAAGAGAAGCACAGGCUAAAAGCCUAUCCACUGAAAAAAAAAAUCUUAUGGCACAUAUUAUUACCAUCAUUUAUAAACGAUUAUCAAUGUGAAAGUGUAGUCAUAAAAAUUAUGCAUGUGUUUAAAUAUGGCGUCACUCAGCAUCAUAGAUUCAUGAUGUAAUGGUCGAUAUUAAGCCUUUCAGGUACAGCGGUUACUGCAGUGGACAUCUUAUCAUGUUAUCGGGUUCCAGGGUGCAUGAAAGUGUUAAAGUGUAUUAAAUUGGAUCAUUGCAGUAUUUUAUUCAUUGACGACAGUAUACGAUUUUCCUCCAAAGUAUUAUUGGCAUGUGAUGCUAUCCCACAUUAUCAGUUAUCAUGUUAAAUGAACCCCUGAUUCAUUGUUCACAUGGUGAAACUUUUGAAAUGACGUCACCGAUAUUCAUUGCUUCUGUUUUUGAGCUUCUGCUUCUACACCGAGUCGCUAAAUAAAGGUAACCCGCCGCACUGUU